ACUAGUUAUUUAGGCGCAGGGAGAAGGAAGGCAGGAGGAGGAGAGGAGCAACCACGAGCAAUGGCAAUGGUGGGCGCAGCAGCCGCACCCUUGUGUACGUGGCUGAUUGCGGCGUGCCUCACCCAUGGGAUCUGCGGCGGAGACCUCAAUUCCUCCUCCAUUUCAAUGGCUCCGCCUCCCGCUGGCAGCAGGAGAUCCCGGCGACGAGCUCGCGAUCUACAGCAGCUCCACGCCACCGCCACCGCCGCCGCCGCCGCCCCCCCCCCAACAUCCAUGGCAGGAGCUGUGGUCGCGCUUUACGAAUCAGGUCUGUCGGGAUUGGGAUCGUGCCUCUCUUUCGAGGCAUGCCCCGAGUACCAUCGCUCCGCAAAGUGGUCUCCCUCCUUCUUCGCUGCCGCUCCCUCGUCGUCGUCGUCGUCGUCGUCCAGGCCGUCUAGGAGACGAGGUCCUCGAGCAACAGCAGCAGCGCCAGCAGGAAGAAACAUGGCAGUGGCUGUUCAACCUAUGCAACCUGUGCAACCUGUCAAGGAGAGCGUGGAGAGGAAAGUUGUGGCGACCAAGAAACGGAGGGUCGUUGUCACGGGAAUGGGUGUUGUGUCCUGCCUUGGACACGAGCCGGAUGCUUUCUACGAGAAUCUGCUCCGCGGCACAAGUGGAAUAACAGAGAUCGAGAACUUCGACUGCAAAGAUUUUCCUACUAGGAUUGCCGGCGAGAUCAAAGACUUCUCGCCCGAUGGCUGGGUGGCCCCCAAGUUUUGUAAGCGCAUGGACAAGUUCAUGCUCUACUUGCUCACGGCUGGCAAGAAAGCUGUAGCGGACGCUGGAAUGACUCGGGACGUGAUAGACCAGCUCGACAAGACGAAGUGCGGGGUUCUCAUUGGUUCUGCAAUGGGAGGCAUGCAGGUGUUUAGCGAUGCAAUCGAGGCUCUCAGAGUGUCAUACCGCAAGAUGAACCCGUUUUGUGUUCCGUUUGCGACAACAAAUAUGGGUUCCGCGAUGUUAGCGAUGGAUCUGGGUUGGAUGGGGCCGAACUACUCCAUCUCGACGGCCUGUGCAACCAGCAACUAUUGCAUGUUGAGCGCCGCCAAUCACAUUGUCAGAGGCGAAGCGGACGUGAUGCUUGCUGGUGGAUCUGAUGCAGCCAUCAUUCCUAUCGGCCUCGGAGGAUUUGUUGCCUGCAGGGCAUUGUCUCAGCGUAACAACGAACCAUCAAGAGCUUCUCGCCCGUGGGAUGAGGGCCGAGACGGGUUUGUGAUGGGGGAGGGUGCGGGCGUCCUCGUCUUGGAGGAGUUGGAACACGCCAAGAGGCGAGGUGCCGAGAUAUAUGCGGAGUUUCUAGGCGGAAGUUCGACUUGCGAUGCGUAUCACAUGACGGAGCCCCAUCCCGAAGGCGCGGGUAUCUUGCUCUGCAUUGAGAAGGCGCUGGCCCAAGCUGGCGUCGAUAGACAAGACGUCAACUAUGUGAAUGCUCAUGCAACUUCCACCCAGGCUGGCGAUGUCCAGGAGUACAAGGCUAUUAUGCGGUGCUUCGGCAGUAAUUCCGAGAUUAAAGUCAACUCCACGAAGUCCAUGACAGGGCACUUGCUAGGAGCAGCAGGGGGUGUUGAGGCGAUUGCAACGAUUCAGGCAAUCCGAAGUGGAUGGGUGCAUCCCACAAUCAACAUCGAUACACCCGAGAAGGACGUGAACAUGGAGGUAAUCGUUGGUGCCAACAAACAGAAGCUGGACGUCAAAGUGGCCCUGUCCAACUCGUUCGGUUUCGGCGGACACAACUCGUCUGUUAUUUUUGCGCCGUAUCCAGCAAAGAAGUAAAAAGACUUCCGUGUGCUCUUUUUAAAAUAAUCAAAACUCUUUGCAAAAAA